GGGAUUAUUUGGCAUUCGGUGCAGCCUCAAGAGAGGCUUCGCACCUCUCGCUUGAUAUGCCAGUGAUAAGGGAUGAUAAUAAGCGGCAGCAUCCGUGCCUUGUGGAUUUCUCCAAGCUGCCAGAAACGGAAAAGAACUACAAUCUGCAGAUGUCGACAGAAACACUGAAGACCCUGCUGGCGUUGGGCUGUCGGGUAGUUCAGGUCAAUCCAAAUGCUGAGAGCUCCCUCAAAAAGAUAAAACUCCCCAAAAACUUCAUGAUGUCCAAUGGUUAUAAGCCGUCUCCUCUGGACCUGUCUGAUAUAAAACUGACUCCAGGUCAGGAGCUGCUGGUGGACAAACUGGCAGAGAACGCACACAAUGUGUGGGCCAAGGACCGCAUCAAACAGGGCUGGACUUAUGGCAUUCAGCAGGAUCUGAAGAGUAAGCGUAACCCUCGCCUGGUUCCCUACGUGCUGCUGGACGAGCGUACCAAGAAGUCGAACAGGGACAGCCUGCGAGAGGCUAUCCGCACUCUGAUUGGCUACGGUUACAACAUCGAGCCCUCGGACCAGGAAGGCGGACAAGUGGUUGAGCGGCUGAGCAUCGACAAGGUGCGCUUCUUCAGAGUGGAGAGGACGUACGCAGUGAGGACCGGGAAGUGGUACUUUGAAUUUGAGGCCGUGACUGGAGGAGACAUGAGAGUGGGCUGGGCCAGGCCUGGAUGUAAGCCAGAUGUGGAGAUCGGCACGGAUGAGCUCGCUUUCGUCUUUGAUGGGUACAGGGGUCACUGCCUGAACAUGGGCAGCCGUCUGUUCGGCCGCUGCUGGCAUGCUGGGGACAUCGUGGGCUGCAUGAUCAACAUGGAGGACAAGUCCAUGAUCUUCACCCUGAACGGAGAGAUCCUCAUCACGAGCAAGGGCUCUGAACUCUGCUUCACUGACUUUGAAACUGAGGAUGGGUUUAUUCCAGUGUGCAGCCUCAGCCUGGCUCAGGUGGGCCGCAUAAAUCUGGGGAAAGAUGCCAGCACCUUCAAGUACUACACCAUGUGCGGCCUUCAGGAGGGAUUCGAACCCUUCGCGGUCAACAUGAACCGAGAGGUCACCAUGUGGUUCAGCAAGCGUCUGCCUACUUUUGUCAAUGUGCCGAAGGACCACAACCACAUAGCAGUGACCAGGAUUGACGGCACCAUCGACAGCCCCCCGUGUCUUAAAGUCACCCACAAGACAUUCGGCACCCAGAACAGCAACGCUGACAUGGUGUUUUGCCGCCUCAGCAUGCCUGUAGAGUUCCACUCCAUCUUCAAAACCAGUCCUGUUGUUGACAUGAACGGGAUCCAUGAGGAUGACACUCUUAAACUCAAACACAGAUAUCCUCUGAGGUCUGUGCGGCACAGUGAUGAAAGCAGACGAGUGGACUACAGCAGCAUCACUAUGUACUACCACUCAGUGAGGGUCUUCGCUGGACAGGACCCUGCCGUUGUGUGGGUUGGAUGGGUUACACCCGACUACCAUUACUAUAGCAACAACUUCAACCUCAGUAAAAAUCGAUCCGUCACUGUAACCCUGGGUGACGAGCGAGGACGAGUUCAUGAAAGUGUGAAGAGGAGUAACUGCUACAUCAUUUGGUGUGGAGAUGUGACCAACGCUGCCCACGCCUCCAGUCGCAGCAACGUGGACCUGGAGAUUGGCUGUCUCAUCGACCUUGCCACCGGCCUGGUGACGUUCACCGUCAACGGCAAGGAGAUAACCACCUCCUACCAGGUGGAACCAAACACCAAACUUUUUCCCGCUGUGUUUGUGCGACCCACCAGCCCUAACCUCUUCCAGUUUGAGCUGUCUAAAAUAAAGAAUGCCAUGCCUUUGUCAUCCGCCAUCUUUAAGAGUGAACACAAGAACCCGGUGCCCCAAUGUCCGCCCCGUUUAGAUGUGCAGACCAUCAGCUCUGUGCUGUGGAGCCGCAUGCCCAACACCUUCCUCAAGGUGGAAACAGCCCGGGUCAAUGAGAGGCACGGCUGGGUGGUCCAGUGUGUGGAGCCCCUGCAGAUGUUGGCCGUUCAUAUUCCUGAAGAAAACAGGUGUGUCGACAUCAUGGAGCUGUCUGAGCAGGAGGACAUGAGGAAGUUCCACUACCACACCCUGAAGCUCUACUGUGCCCUCUGCGCUCUGGGCAACACCCGUGUGGCCCACGCCCUCUGCAGCCACCUGGACCAAUCACAGCUCUUAUACACUAUCGACAACCAGUACCUAUCCGGCAUGUUACGUGAAGGCUUCUACAACGUCCUGAUCAGCAUCCACCUGGAGACAGCGAAGGAGGCACGACUCAUGAUGAAGGAUGAGUUCAUCAUCCCGGUCACGGCUGAGACGCGCUCCAUCCGCCUCUUCUCCAAUGCUUCCAAAAAGCACCUCCCGCCAGGGGUGGGGCUCAGCACCUCGCUUAAACCCCGCCUAAACUUUGCUCCGCCGUGUUUCAUCAGCACCAAACGAGAACAACAUCUCUACAGCCCCCAAAUCCCCCUGGACGCUUUGAAGGAGAAAUCCAUUUCAAUGUUGACGGAGGCCGUUCAGGGUGGCGGCCACCACAUCAGAGACCCUGCCGGAGGAGGGGUGGAGUACCAGUUUGUGCCAAUCCUGAAACUCAUCAGCACCUUGCUGACGAUGGGCGUGCUAGGUAGCGAGGACGUCCAUAAGAUCUUGCUGCUCAUCGACCCCAAUGUUUUCAGAGAGACACGCGAGGAGGGGGGCACGGGGGCCACAGACAAAGAAGGACUGAAAGGGGCGGAAGACAAGGCAGUGGAAGCUGGAGAAGAGGAGGCCGCCAAAGAGGCCAAACAGCCAAUGAAAGGACUGCUGGAGAAGAGGCUGCCUGAGCCCGUCAAGCGACAGAUGUGUGAGCUGCUUCACUAUUUCUGCGACUGCGAGCUGAAGCAUCGCAUCGAAGCCAUCGUGUCUUUCUCCGACAGCUUUGUCUCCAAACUUCAGUACAACCAGAAGUUUCGCUACAACGAGCUGAUGCUGGCCCUCAACAUGUCCGCUGCUGUCACCGCCAAGAAGACCAAAGAGUUUAGAUCGCCGCCUCAAGAGCAGAUCAACAUGCUGCUGACCUUCAGUAUGGGCGAGGACUGUCCGUGUCCAUCAGGCAUCCAAGAGCAGUUGUAUGAUUUUCACAACCAGCUGCAGCUACACUGUGGAAUCCCUAUGGAGGAAGACGAAUACGAGCAAGAUACAUCGAUCACAGGUCGCCUCCUGAUGCUGGUGAACAAGAUCAAAGGCCAGUCUCACAAGGCAGAGGAGCCCACUGAGAAACAGCAAGCUGCACCAUCCAAUCUGAAGGAGCUGAUCUCUCAGACGAUGGUCAGCUGGGCCCAGGAGUGUCACAUCCUGGACUCUGAGCUGGUCCGCAAGAUGUUCAGCCUGCUGAGGAGGCAGUACGACAGCAUCGGGGAGCUGCUCCGGGCCAUGAGGAAGACUUACACCAUCAGCGCUGCCUCCAUCCAGGACACCAUCAACCUCUUGGCCGCCCUCGGUCAAAUCAGAUCUCUGCUGUCUGUGCGCAUGGGGAAAGAGGAGGAGAAGCUCAUGAUUGAUGGCCUUGCUGACAUCAUGAACAACAAAGUCUUCUACCAGCACCCCAACCUGAUGAGAAUCCUGGGCAUGCAUGAGACUGUUAUGGAGGUCAUGGUCAAUGUGCUCGGAGGACACAAGUCCCAGGAAAUUGCUUUUCCCAAAAUGGUGGCCAGUUGCUGUCGCUUCCUGUGCUACUUCUGCCGGAUCAGCCGCCAGAACCAGAAAGCCAUGUUCGACCACCUCAGCUACCUGCUGGAGAACAGCAGUGUGGGCCUAGUCAUCCCUUUUGCCAUCAUAGGACUUGAGCUGUGCCUAUGA